AUGGCCAUUCUACGUUACUACGAUGUAAAGGCCUACGAUGAAGCCGAACAGAAGAGAGUGCUGAGGCGACUCCAGGCAGAAGAUAAAUAUGUGGCUUCAUUGCAAAUGGAACGUUGCUAUCAUCUGGAGUAUAGUAAGGAGGAGAAGCAUACGCUGCCUUUGGAGCAAUUACUCAUUUGGCUGGUUAAGCAACCCAUGGAUAGUGGCAAAGAUUUGACCAAGCAACCAAAUCUCAAUGCAUCGGAAAGUUCGGAUCGAGAACUUCUUAUUGAGAUUGGACCACGUUUCAAUUUCUCAACGCCUUAUUCGACGAAUUGUGUGAAUAUUUUCCAUAAUCUCGGGUAUACGGAAGUACGCCGCAUGGAGACUUCAACCCGCUAUUUGAUAACAUUCUAUAUAGAAAGUGAAACCAGGGAUCCUUCGAAGUUUGUCUCUCUCCUGAGUGAUCGUAUGACCCAGUGCGUUUACUCAAGUGAGAAUACGCCAAAGGAGAGUUUCGAUGAGCAAUUGCCCACGCAGCAGGCACCUUGGCAUUUUGUUCCUCUUCUGGAAGAGGGUAUCCAAGCUUUGGAACGCAUUAAUCAGGAACUUGGGUUGGCUUUCAAUGACUUUGAUUUGGAUUACUAUUACAAGUUGUUCAGUGAAACUCUGAAACGUAAUCCCACAACUGUGGAGCUCUUCGAUUGCGCCCAGAGUAAUAGUGAGCAUUCUAGGCAUUGGUUCUUCCGUGGUCGCAUGAUCAUCGAUGGACAGGAGCAACCAAAAUCCUUGAUACGCAUGAUAAUGGACACACAGAACCAUACGAAUCCCAAUAAUACCAUUAAAUUUAGUGAUAAUAGUAGUGCUAUACGUGGCUUCCAGCACGAUGCACUGCAGCCGAAUAUGGUGGCCUUGCCAGGAUCUGUUGGUCUACAACGUGUACAAUCAGAUUUGAUAUUCACCGCCGAGACGCAUAACAUGCCCACGGCUGUGGCUCCAUUUAGUGGUGCGACCACAGGAACGGGUGGAAGACUACGAGAUGUUCAGGGGGUUGGUCGUGGUGGUAUACCAAUAGCAGGAACUGCUGGGUAUUGUGUGGGUGCUCUCCACAUACCAGGUUAUCAGCAACCUUACGAGCACGUUGGCUAUAAGUAUCCCAGUUCCUUUGCCUCACCUCUGCAAAUUCUCAUCGAGGCCAGUAAUGGUGCCUCUGAUUAUGGAAACAAAUUUGGUGAGCCAGUUAUCACUGGUUUUGCCUUAUCCUAUGGCCUGCCAAAUGUUGAUUCCUCCUCCAACCAGGCUCGAGAUGAGUAUGUGAAACCAAUUAUGUUUAGUGGUGGACUUGGAAUCAUGCCUGCCUCAAUGCGUGAGAAAUUGACGCCGCAGCGUGGUCAAUUGCUGGCCAAGAUUGGUGGACCUGUCUAUAGGAUUGGCGUCGGAGGCGGAGCGGCCAGUUCGGUGGAAGUCCAAGGUUCUGGUGACGCCGAAUUGGACUUUAAUGCGGUGCAACGUGGUGACGCGGAAAUGGAAAAUAAGCUAAAUCGUGUGGUUCGUGCUUGCUUGGAGCUUGGCGAUCGUAAUCCCAUCUUGGCCAUACACGAUCAGGGAGCUGGAGGUAAUGGAAAUGUGCUGAAAGAGCUGGUGGAACCAGGUUUUGCUGGAGCUAUCAUUUUCUCCAAGGAAUUCAAUUUGGGUGAUCCCACGAUUACGGCUCUGGAACUUUGGGGUGCAGAAUAUCAGGAGAAUAAUGCCAUUCUCUGCAAGCCAGAGCAUCGUGAGCUGCUGGAGAGGAUAUGCAGGCGUGAAAGAUGUCCGAUUAGUUUUGUGGGCAUUGUAACAGGAGAUGGACGUGUCACUUUGGUGGAGCAAGAGGCGCCUGGCCAAGUGGAAACAGCUCUUACCACCAAGUAUCCGGGACCAAAUCCGUUUGACUUGGAAUUGCAACAUGUUCUGGGUGAUAUGCCCAAGCGAAAAUAUGAAUUGAAUCGGGAAAAGAUAACAUUGAAGGAUCUAGAGUUGCCCGAGGAUCUGCAAUUGCACGAGGCUUUCGAAAGGGUAUUAAGUUUGGUGGCUGUGGGCAGUAAACGUUUCCUCACCAACAAAGUGGAUCGAUGUGUCACUGGAUUGGUGGCGCAACAACAAUGUGUGGGACCUCUACAGGCACCACUGGCGGACUACGCCCUCACUACAGUCUCCCACUUUAGCCAAGCAGGAAUAGCCACAUCGAUUGGUAGCCAGCCCCUGAAGGGUUUACUUGAUCCCGCCGCCAUGGCCAGAAUGUGUGUGGCUGAGGCUCUGAGUAAUUUAGUUUUUGUCAAAAUCAGCGAAUUGGCCGAUGUCAAGUGCUCUGGAAAUUGGAUGUGGGCAGCCAAAUUACCCGGUGAAGGAGCCAAAAUGUUUGAUGCCUGCCAAGAGCUAUGCAAUAUCCUUCAAGAACUUCACAUAGCCAUUGAUGGUGGCAAGGAUUCUCUGUCCAUGGCUGCCAAAGUCGAUGGGGAGACUAUUAAGUCUCCCGGAACAUUGGUCAUAUCCACCUAUGCCCCAUGUCCGGAUGUUAAAGUGCGUGUAACUCCUGAUCUAAAGGGUCCUGCAAUGGGUAAGAAAACUUCUCUGCUAUGGAUCAUCAUGGAGGAUCGAUUACGUUUGGGUGGUUCUGCCCUGGCCCAGGCCUAUGCCCAGCAAGGCAAAGAAACUCCGAAUUUGGCCAGAAGUGAUCUAUUGGGCCAGGCGUUUGCUGUUACACAAACCCUGCUGGGCAAAGGACUAUUGCUUGCAGGACAUGAUGUUAGCGAUGGUGGUUUAUUGACAUGUCUGUUGGAGAUGGCUAUUGGUGGUUUGGCUGGUCUAAACGUUGAUUUAACCGAGCCUUUAACCAAAUUUGUCAACUAUGAUGCCGCAGCCGUUAAAAUUGGACGUCCUGAAUUGGCCCUGCUCUUUGCUGAGGAAUGUGGCUGGGUAGUGGAAGUACUUGAAACAGAUCUGAAGCAAGUACGCUCCAUUUAUCAGGAGGCCGGCGUGCCCAACUACUACCUGGGUGAGACUACCGGAAGUGGUCUGGAUUCCCGAUUCCUAGUGAAAAAGAACUCUACGUCUACACUGAUGGAUAAAACAUUACGCGUUCUCUAUAAGCAAUGGGAACGCACUAGCUACGAGUUGGAAAAACUUCAAAUGAAUUUCGAGUGUGCACAAGAUGAAUUCAACAGUCUGGACUAUCGUCAAACUCCCCAAUACAAGGGUCCUCUCAAUCUCCAGUCCGAGCUUAUAUUAGCUCGCACAUCACAGACAAUUCGGGUAGCAGUUCUCCGUGAGGAGGGUGUCAAUAGUGAACGCGAGAUGAUGGCAAGUCUUUUGAGAGCCAAUUUUGAAGUUCACGAUGUGACUAUGUCGGAUCUGUUGGAAGGACUCACUAAUUUGUCGCAGUACCGUGGAUUGAUUUUCCCCGGCGGCUUCAGUUAUGCAGACACUUUGGGUUCUGCCAAGGGUUGGGCAGCCAAUAUACUGCACAAUACCAAGCUUCAGCAACAAUUCGAAGCUUUUAAAAAGUCUCCAGAUGUCUUCUCUUUGGGCAUUUGCAAUGGCGCUCAAUUGAUGACUUUGAUUCGUUUUGUCGGUCCCACAAAUGGAUCAAAUCCCGAUGUGGCGCUGCUUCAUAAUCGUUCACAACGUUUCGAAUGCCGCUGGUCAACUGUGCGAAUUCCUCCAAACCGUUCGAUAAUGUUGAAAAACAUGCAUAAACUAAUACUCGGCUGUUGGGUUGCUCACGGCGAAGGCCGGUUUGCUUUCCGUGACGAGGAGAAACUUAUUAAUCAAUUGAAUGCUGAUCAAUUGAUCACCUUACAAUAUGUGGAUGAUGUGGGAGAACCUACCGAACGUUAUCCUCUUAAUCCCAAUGGCAGUCCACGGGGCAUUGCUGGUCUCUGCUCGUCCGAUGGUCGACAUUUGGCCCUUAUGCCACAUCCCGAACGUUGCAGUGCCAUGUAUCAAUGGCCUUACGUGCCACCUAAUUUCGAAGUUCCAGUAACCCAAACAGAAAGUCCAUGGCAAAUGAUGUUCAACAAUGCCUACAAUUGGUGUGUCCAAAACGAGAAAUAGUUUUAGCAAAUCCAAAACUGAAGUAUACGAUUACAUAUAUCACUUUUAUCUGAUUUAUACGAAUCUACAUUUUUAUACAAAGUAUAUACAAGAAUUUAUUAAAAAAAAUAAAAACAAGUACAUUAAAUGUAUUCAAUAACAAAA